AUGACAGAUGCGUUCCCCGCCGCCUUGACUGGCCCAACCUCCAAGGAGCGCAAGUAUGAUCGCCAACUCCGCUUGUGGGCCGCAACUGGCCAGCAAGCACUCGAGGAUUCCCGCGUUUUGUUGGUGAAUUCGGAUGGCCCGCUUGCUCAACACAGCACCGGUGUUUCUGGCGUGGCAGGCGUCGAGGCCCUCAAGAAUCUGGUCUUGCCUGGUAUCGGUGGCUUCACUAUCGUUGAUCCCGCAACGGUCACCGAGUCUGACCUUGGUGUGAACUUCUUCUUAGAAGAAGAAUCACUUGGCAAGUCCCGUGCCGAAGAAACUUGUCGACUAUUGAGAGAAUUAAACCCCGACGUGCAGGGAUAUCACUACUCUAAACGCAUUUCAGAUCUCACUGUUGAUCCCGAUUUUUUACCCAGACACAAGUUGAUUAUCAUCUCUGGUCCGAUUAGACGCUCCACAUUGGCUCCGCUAUGCUGGCAAGCGAAGCAAUUAGGCAUCCCCGUGCUAUAUCUCCAUUCAGUGGGAUUCUUCUCCACAUUUUCAGUUCAGCUUCCCGCAGAGUUCCCCAUUGUUGAAACACACCCAGAUCCAGAAUCGACCCAAGAUCUGCGUCUUUUGAACCCAUGGCCGGAGCUUGUCGCUGCUGCCUCUAAAUUGGAGACUCUGGACACCCUCGACGACCACCAGCAUGGUCAUGUUCCCUACAUUCUCCUGCUGCUUCACUUCCUUGAGCAAUGGAAACAAACACACGACGGAAGCGCACCGAGUAACUACAAACAGAAAACCGAGUUCAGAGAGUUUGUGCGCGGCCAGGCGCGGACUUCCAAUCCCGAGGGAGGGGAAGAGAAUUUCGAUGAGGCAGUUUCCGCUGUGCUGAAAACAAUCUCACCCUUUGAGCUGCGCAGUUCGAUCCGAGAUAUCUUCAACAUGGAGGAAUGUCAGCAGCUGACGUCUGCAUCCCAGGAUUUCUGGAUAAUUGCAUCAGCCAUAAAAAGUUUCCAUGGCUCCCAUGGCGUGCUACCUCUCCCUGGAUCUCUGCCCGACAUGAAAGCCCAGUCAGCGGAUUACGUUGCACUGCAAAACAUCUACAAGGCCAAGGCACGAAAGGAUGUCGAAGAAGUGACAGCUACGGUACGCCAACUCGAGUCUCAAAUCGGACGCCAGUCACCAGCCAUUCUCGACCGGGAGAUCGAAGUCUUCUGUAAGAAUGCCGCGCACAUCAAGGUCGUGCGAGGUCGUAGCAUUCCCCAAAUCAGCAUCGACAGUGACGCCUCAACACUCAAGAAGAUUCGAAACGAACUCAACUCGGAGGACUCCUUGGUCCCCAUUUUCAUUGCAACCCAGGUCCUCGACUCGGUUGUAGAUGAAAUUCAAUCCAACAAUCUGGAGAAGGAGAGAUCCAUUGACGAUAGCGCACUCUGGCACAGUCACACGGAGCGUAUUUUGGCUUUGCUCACUGGGGGCGACGGGGUGGCUGUGGACACUGCGGCGCGGGAGCAGAUCGCGCGUGCGAUCAAGGAGGUGCGCCGGGCCCAGGGUGGCGAGCUGCAUAACAUUUCUUCGUUGACUGGUGGCCUUGUUGCGCAAGAGGCAUUGAAGGUGAUUACUAGGCAAUAUGGUCCGCUUGACAACACUUCCGUCUUUGAUGGGGCCAGGAGCAGGACUGAAAUGUACAGACUGUGA